UUUAAGAGGCUGCCGUAGAGGAUCUACUGCUGAUAUGGAGACCCCAGCAGCCAUAUGACCGUGCAACUUUAGUGAAGCGACUGAACGGACACCGCGCUUUUAUGGCUGCACUCCUGUCAUGUUAACAACUCCAAACAUGUCCAAAAGCCUGAAGAAGAAAAGUCACUGGACUAGCAGAGUCCACGAGGUUGUGUUGUCCAGGGGUCCGAGUGGGGAUCUAGGGUUUGAGCUGCAGGGUGGCGCGGAGAACGGACAGUUCCCCGUUAUUGGAGAGGUGAAACCGGACAAGCGCAAACUGCACCAGGACGAGCUGCUUCUGGAGGUGAACGAUACUCCAGUGGCCGGACUGACCAUCAGGGAUGUUUGGGCUGUGGUCAGACACUGCAAAGACCCUGUCCGGUUUAAGUGUGUCAAACAAGGAGGUGUUGUGGAUAAAGAUCUCAGACAGUACCUCAACCUGCGUUUCCAGAAGGGCUCUUUGGACCACGAGCUGCAGCAAAUCAUUCGGGACAACCUCUAUCUGCGAACAGUACCUUGUACAACCAGGCAGCCCAGAGAAGGAGAAGUUCCUGGAGUAGACUAUAAUUUUGUGACCGUUGAACGCUUUGUGGAGUUAGAGAGAAGUGGAGCUUUGCUGGAGAGUGGAACUUAUGAAGAUAACUAUUACGGCACACCAAAGCCCCCGGCGGAGCCCAGUCCACUGCUGCUGAAUGUAGCAGAGCAGCUGCUGCCCGGAGCAACACCCACAUCACAGGGCAAACGCAGACGCAACAAGUCCGUCAGCAACAUGGAGAAGGCUGGCAUUGAGCCUCCCGAGGAGGAGGAGGAGGAGAGACCCGUCAUCAACGGCAAUGGAGUCGCCAUCACACCAGAGUCAAGUGAACAUGAAGACAAGAGUACAGACGCCUCAGGAGAGAUGGCUACCACAUGCCCCUCCGAGACCUCCACAGAUGCCCCUAAAGAAGAUACAGAACCACCAAAAUCGCCUCCCAAACCAGACGAGAACGAUGAACUGGGUCCUCUGCCAGAUAACUGGGAGAUGGCAUACACUGAGAAAGGAGAAGUGUACUUUAUAGACCACAAUACCAAGACAACAUCCUGGUUGGACCCCCGGCUCGCAAAGAAAGCAAAGCCCCCUGAAGAAUGCAAGGAAAAUGAGCUUCCUUAUGGCUGGGAGAAAAUUGAUGACCCUAUUUAUGGAACCUACUAUGUUGAUCACAUAAACCGCAGGACUCAGUUCGAGAAUCCAGUUCUAGAGGCCAAGAGAAGAUUGCAACACCAGCAGCAGAUGCAGAGUCAGGGCUUGUCCUCUCUCCCCCUACCUGCAGUUUACAGAGUGGAGGAGAGCCCCUCCUCUGCCACUUUACCCAGGGCCAGACUGGCAUAUGUGGGUCCCGCUCCCGAACGCUCUCACAGUCUCACUGACCUGUCCGAGGCCCCUCUGUACCGGGCCGGGGUAUUUGGACUGCAUGAGAAGCCUCUGUUCACGAGGGACCCCACGCAGCUGAAAGGCAGCUUUCUGUCUACACCCCUGCAGAAAAGCAACAUGGGAUUUGGCUUCACUAUCAUCGGCGGUGAUGAACCGGAUGAGUUCCUACAGGUCAAAAGUGUCAUACCGGACGGGCCUGCAGCACAGGACGGCAAAAUGGCUACAGGAGAUGUGAUUGUCUAUAUCAACGACGUCUGUGUCCUGGGCACCACCCAUGCUGAUGUUGUGAAGCUAUUCCAAUCAGUGCCAAUUGGACAAAGCGUAACCCUCGUUCUUUGCAGGGGCUACCCUCUUCCUUAUGACCCAGAGGAUGCAGCAAACACCUUACUAUCCCCCCUUGGCCUCAUUGAUCGCCCUCUGUUGGUCAACGGACGGAAUAGCUACGACAGCUACAUGGAGUACAUCUCCCGCACCGCCCGUUUCGUCGACCCCCUCCAAGCAACGCUGGUUCAACCUCACCCUGGAGACACCCACCUGGACGCGGGGCCACUGGAGGACAGCGUUUCGAUGGCGUCGUCUGGAGCAGCUGGAGGAGAGCUGCUAACGAUUAACAUGGUGAAGGGGGCAGAUGGGUUUGGAUUCACCAUAGCAGACAGUAACGGAGGACAAAGAGUGAAGCAGAUUCUGGAGGCUCAAGGAUGUCCGGGGCUGUGCGAGGGAGAUCUGAUUGUGGAAAUUAACCAGCAACCCGCGCUAACACUGUCACAUACGCAAGUGGUGGAGCUGCUAAAAGAGUGUCCGAUUGGGACAGAAGCCACGUUGGUCAUACAAAGAGGAGGCACAGGUCACUUUUCACCUUGGAAGACCACUAAACAGGUUUUGGAGCAUUGGGAUCCUCUCAGCAGUCCCACAACCAGUCUAUCUGUCCAUGCUCUUCCUCACAGCGCUCCAUAUCUUCAUUGGCCUUCAGGUCCAGAGUUUGACCUGGCCAAACCUGACCCUUAUGACCUGUAUGAGAAGUCCAGGGCUAUCUAUGAGAAUAGGCAGCCAGGGCUUCCUCGAGCGUCCCUCCCUGCUGACCCCUCCGCAGAGUUCCAGGAGGUGGAGGUGCACCUACGCAGACAGAAGUCCGGUUUCGGCUUCAGGAUCCUGGGCGGAGAGGAACCGGGACAGCCUAUCCUGAUUGGGGCAAUCAUUGAGAAGAGUCCUGCUGAUAAAGACGGUCGUCUGCGGCCUGGAGAUGAGCUGAUUUCAGUCGAUGGGAUCCUGGUGGCUGGAAAACCUCACCGUUACGUCAUUGACCUCAUGCAUGGUGCAGCACGAACGGGACAGGUCAAACUCACUGUUCGACGGAGAGUUCAGCCUACAGGCGAACCUUUUCCAGAGAACGGGCGCAGUCCUGGAUCAACACAACACAGUUCCCCGAGAAGUGACUUCAACUCCCGAAUGUUCUGUAACAACUCUGCCCCCUCGCAAAACUCCGCUCCAUCCACCACAGGCUCCUCCCCUCCGGACACAGCAGCCAAUCAGAACGCACAGCCUAGCGACGUAUCCAUCCAGCGCAAGGAGACCGAAGGAUUCGGAUUCGUUAUUAUCAGUUCGCUAAACAGGCCCGAAACUGCGGCUGCUGCUGCUGUGCCUCAUAAGAUCGGCCGCAUCAUUGAGGGAAGUCCAGCAGACCACUGUGGGAAGCUUAAGGUUGGAGAUCGUAUUCUGGCCGUCAACAAUCAAUCUAUCGUCAACAUGCCGCAUGCCGACAUCGUCAAACUGAUCAAGGACGCGGGUCUAAGUGUCACUCUCAAGAUCAUUCCUCAGGAGGAGACCAACAGCACUCCUUCUGCAGGCAGCUCAGAGAAGCAGAGUCCUAUGGCCCAGCCAAGUCCAGUGUGCCAACCUAACACUGUGAACCAGACCGGUGCUGCCCCUCUAGCAAACUCCAAUGCUCAACAAAACUCUGCUCCUCAACCCAGUCCCAUAAAGCAACCCAUUUCAGAAGCACAGCCGAGCCUUGUCACUCAAAGCAGCCCAGCCAAUCAUCCCAGCUCAGUGACCCAACAGAACCCACAAACUCAGCCAGUGCAGACUUACAGCCACGACAGCAGCUACAGGUCAGAGGUGAAAGCAAGGCAGGAUGUAAAACCUGACAUUCGACAGCCGUUCACUGACUACCGCCAACCCCCGGUGGACUACAGACACCCUCCUGUAGCAGAUUAUAGACAGCCGCCAACGCUGGAUUACAGACACCCUCCGCUGCUGGACUACAGGCCGCUGCCUGCUGACCCUCGCACCUUUCCCUUACCAGACUACAGGAUGCCACAGGGGUGUGAUUAUGACGUAGUGCCUGUUGUUGGUGUCCCGAGGGGAAAUCCUCUACCCAGCACCGGACAACAGUUCAUCAAACUGGGCUCGUCUCAGUCUGAAGCACCACUGAAAGCCUCCAUCUUCCAGGAUUUUGAUUUCUUCACGGUUGAAUUGGAAAAGGGGAUGAAAGGUUUUGGCUUUAGUAUCCGUGGAGGCCGCGAGUAUAAGAUGGACCUGUUUGUUCUGAGAUUGGCUGAAGAUGGACCAGCCAUACGUAAUGGGAGGAUGAGGGUUGGUGAUCAAAUCAUUGAGAUAAAUGGGGAGAGCACGAGGGAUAUGACCCACGCUCGGGCUAUUGAGCUCAUCAAAUCGGGUGGCCGUAGAGUUCGCCUGUUGCUCAAGAGAGGCACAGGGCAGGUCCCUGAGUAUGAUAGUCCCGCCCCCUGGGAUGCUCACCCUACAGCCUCCCCAAGUCUGUCGGAAGUAGCACCACCCCACGACAGCUUAUCCAAUCCAUCAGCUUCUUCUCAUGUGAACCCACCUACUGACCCACCUCAUACAUCGUCCUUGGAAGCAGUAGGACCAGACUCUUGCCAGGGUCCAAGAGGCUCAGAGAGUAGGGCUCUAGAGCAGGCCAAUGUGGGGAAGAGGUCAGCUUUGGCAGGUGGAGUUGGGGGUGGGAUCAAGCAGAGGGAGGGUAGCAGGACCAACCGUCGCUCAAGUGGAGGGAAGGGCCAGCAACAAUACCUUGAUGAGUUUGCGGGUGAGCCGAAAUCCCUGAAAAGCAGCCGGGCAAAGUCCAAGGAGCGCAGGAGGGAACGAAGCAACACUCCAUCUCGCAAGCGAGACUCGCCCAAAACAUCCCUGACUGACACCAGCAUGAAUGGGGGAAACGGAUGCCUCGAUGGUAGCAACAGUCAACAAGGACCUCUGGUGCCAUUCAAAGCCCUACCAAAGGAACCAGAAAAAGGGCAAAUGAGCCAAGAGAGUAACCCCAGCCACAACUCCAAGACCAGCAGUGCUGCAGGCAGGAAGGCCACAGUUUCCCCAGGGCCCUGGAAGAUCCCUGGUACGGACAAGCUACCCAGUACCCUACGCUCAGCCACCUCCACAAUCAGCAGAUAACAUCUCAACCCAAUCUCAGGCCCAAGUUUAAACCUUUUGGCUCUUUUUUCAGCCAACUCUUGGACCAACAUUUGGCUGUGAGCCAACUUGUUUUGAGAUUGGUUGGGCUUGGGCUCUGCUUGAUUGAUUUUCACAGGCUUGCUCUACUUGAUAGAGAUCGUUUUUAAAAUUGACUAUGUGCCAUCCCCCUACAAUCCUCACAAAAGACCUUUCCAUGCAUUUCUAGACAGAGCAUUUUUUAUUUAUAUUUUAUUCUAAGUUAUUUUAACAGGUAUGACACCCACCACCUUAAGAACUGGAAGCAUUCACUCCAAAAAUAUCACGGUAGAAUGAGUGAAGCAUGUAGCGUGCAAAAAAGAAACCCAGACUGGUGUAAACUGUUGGGGAAAAGCACUCAAGACUCAGAGAUGAACAUGCAUAGAGAACCACUUACUGACUCUUAGCCACCACCGGUGGCUACAGCAAUUUUUAUACGCCUUCAUUAAAAAAUGAAGAAAACUGAAGGAGUUGCCUGACAUACAGUUUUUGUGUAUUUGAAGAAUGGAAAUGAUUAAAAAGAUUCUUUAUGAGCGGACACUCGACUAUGGAACUCUGCCUUAAAAGACUGACCUGCAGAUGUCUGUAUAAGGGUCGGUAAAAAGAAUAUAGAAAUAGAUAUAUUAUAUGACUACAUAUAUGUGAGACAAAUUGUAAAUAUGGUCUUUAUACACCAUUGUGAGCCCAUACUGAAGUGUUGCCAUUAUACAUGGUGUACAUUAGAAGAGUGUAAUCUAGAAUUUAUUCCUAUUCCAUUUUAAGGUGCAUUCCCACUGACAGCAAAUUAAACUCUAGAGGGUUUAAAUCUUCUCAACUUCGAAAUACUGCAGAACGGCAACAGGAAACAAAUCACAUUACCUUCACUGUCUACAUUGACAUUGGCAGUUGCCUUCUCAUGUUAAAGAUCUCAUAGCCAGCGGUCACUUGUAUCACUUAAAACAGCCAACUUUCAUUGAUCAGUAAUGACUUCCAGUAGCUGAAAAUGUUGCUGUCAGUGUGAGCGCCCCUUGAGACCACUGAUUGGUCAGCUGCUCUGUUAGUUUCUGGAGGAGCUGGUGGACUUUGACCUUCCCUUGACUCUGUCAUCCCUGGUUCAAUCUAUUCUCCCUUUACUUGUUCAAAGCAAUUUAAAGGAGUGCAAGGUGUUUUCGGUAAAUUAUAGAAUGAUUUUGAUUAGGGCAGAGUGCCUUAUGCCAGAGGUGUCCAGUACUACUCCUGGAGGUAGGGAUCAGUGUUCUGCAGAGUUUAGCUCUGAUCCUAAAUAAACACACCUGACCAAGUGUCACCCCAUCUCAAAUGGCACAAUUAAUGUGCAUCUGCGAUAUUGCAGACAUACAAUGGCCACCAUAUUUGCAUGUCCUUUAAGUCCAUGAGACUGUAUAGUGUCCCACACGUAAUUUUAGCCUUAAAAUGGGUGAUUAUGAGCUCCCCCUUUGUGGCUGCUAUGCAUCCUUGAUAUGCACUUCAGCCUUAUACCCAAUAUCAAAGUGGCAUUACAUCCCAAAAGUGUGGACUCCACAAACUGCAAAGGUUUGGGGUGUGUUUGGGAAAGGGCCUUAAUAAGCACACAGUAAAUCCACAGUGACUCCUUUGCAGCUGCCUGUCCCAAAUGGCACACUUAUUGUCAUGUACACAAGACCAUAGGGUGUCCCAUUUUUUAUUUUAGCGUUCAAAAGCAUGCUCUCGAGUGCCUCAUUUGCAGUCGCUAUGAGCUCUCGUUGUGCAGUUCAGUCAAGUCCACUGUAAAAUGAGCUCUGCACCAGACUACCCAACAAUCAAAGUGGAAUUACUUCACAAUAGGGUGGUCUAGGAGAAAGGCAGCAAGGGUUCAUGGUGCAAUUUGAUCCAGGCCCAGAGGGUUAUCACAAAAUUACGCACUAAACGGAAGUUUGCAAUAUGUCUAGGCAAGUGUGCACUGUGCAGUUCUCCAGGUUGGAGAUGAGCUCUGCAGCCCACUAAGGAGUUGGAUCGGACACCCUUGCUUCAUGCUGACCACUUGAUGCUUUAUUUGAGCUCCAAAUCCUAGACAACCACAUCAAGACAAAAAAAUAGGCUGCUAUAUAUUCACUGGACUACUUGUUCCAUUGAAACUGCAACAGUAACACCAGAUCUGAAUGAGUGCAGUAUGUUAUCGCAUCCCUGUCUCUGAAUGCUGAUUGGUGUGUAGAUCAACGAGAGACCGGUUUAUGUCUGCAGUAUAGAUAUAUCAAUUUAAAUCGGAGAGCUAUUUUCAUACAUAGAUAGAAAACAAAGGUGCCAGAUAUUUAUUAUUGAGAUCUCGGAGAGAAGUUUAAAUGUUUGUUGAGCACUUUGUCUUUCAGUAGACAUAUGAAAUACAGUACUGUUAAGAGUAAAUGCUGUGCAUCCAUGAAUAUUUAUCAGUUAACUAUCAAAAUCUUUCUAUGAUGAUUCAUUUAUUAGUAUUUCCCUUAUAUAAAAGUUUAUUUAAGUCUGUUUCACAUGAUUCACGUCCUCUCAGCAAAUAAUGCUUCCUAAUCAUGAAAGACAAAUCAAAGAGGUAACGUGCAGUUAUGUUCUGGGUAAUCAUCAUUCACCUUCAGUGCUGUGUUGUAUGCUGUAACUCAUUGUAUAUUCACAGUCAUUCAAUAUUUUCUAACUUAGCUACAGUAGUAAGCCAACACGUUAGCUUGCUGACCAAAGGCUAACUUAAGAAAAGCUCUUUAAAGGGCUCUGCCAGUGGAAUUACUUUCAUUUUCUUAAGCUGAAGAACAAUAAAAAUCCCUGAUGGCCAAUCAGAAUCAGUUCAGCUUCGGUUUUAGCAGACUGGGGAACAUCGACGUGAUUCAUGUGAAAGAGCCUUGAUACCUGGGGAUGAAAUGUAAUCAGUGGGAAUAUUGAGGUGUAAUAGAACUGUACUUUUCAGUUAAAUCUGGAGAUUAUUCUCCCCCAUAUCUAAAUCCUCUUUCAUAAUUCAUAUCAUUCUGUGUUGCAUUGCCAUUAGUGCCACUAGCUGUGUUUCCAUCACCAUGUGUUGAUGUGCAUUUUGAAGUUUGGCAUGAGAAACGAGUGAUGGAAAUGGCAAAUGAAAAAAGAAAAAUCCUUUAAUUCACAAAACAUUUUUUGCAGAUUCACUAUUAGUGAACACGUGACCAAUUCACUUGCCUUGUUUACUGUUGGUUACUAGGUUACCAAUAUGGCUGAGGUGAAACUGACGUUUCGACAGUGUCAAUCCUGAAGCAAAAGUGUUUCGAAACACUACAGCGAAGCAUGAUCCGAAACACCCAGGUGAUUUGAAACACCCAGGCAAUGUGACUAAAGUGUUUCGAAACACCAGGUCACAUGACUAAAUUGAUUCACAGCAUUGGUCAUUUCAGAAGAUUUUUGGGACCUGGCGAAUCUGCAUUUGACUGAAAAUCUCUACGUUAUGUAGCCUAGUGCACUGUGGGUGUGCACAGAGUAACUGUGCUGCAAAUGGCCCAUGUUCGAAUUUUGGCUUAUAGAAAUACUCUGAAAUUAUGACUCAAUGUAUUUAUUUAUGUUUUUUAUGACCAAAACAAGACAUAUAUAUUCACAAAGUGUUCAUUAGGAUGUCAGACCAAUGUUAAAACAAAAAGACGUUACAAGAGCAGAGCAUUUAAAACCUAACAUCUAUAGCUGCAUCACCCUGGAUUCAAACCCAUUAUCAUAGCAUGCUAGUCGGGAACUCGUAUUGCCUCACUAAAUCACUUGAAACCUCAACUUUACAACGUGGGGUUUAAUAGCUCAAUUUGCUAAACCGUUUGUUUUGCUGAAGCUGUUUCAGAGCAAUUCAUAAUAAUGACCACUCUGUGUCACCGUAGAGACGGGUUUCAAAACGUUUAGAAGCUUCGACACGUUUGCUUCGACUGUUUCAGUGUUUCAUGAAGCCUCGCUUUGCCCACCACUAGUUACCAAUACCACAGUAAGUCACACUGUUAAUUUGUUUUUUAUUUUACUAACUUAAAAAAAUAUCGUUUCACGUUAAAAGGGAAACCCGACCAUUGUCAGUAACAAAUAUACCAUUUUAGCUUCAUAUGAGUAAUUUCUGUGCAACUAGUGGCAUCCUGCAAAGCUGAAAAACAACGUAGUGUCUUAAUUGUUUACAACUUUAUACCAAUUUUAUAAGCUGAUAGUGGCACAGAAAUUACACACUUCUCUUAAACAAACAUGCCAAACCCCCAAUGGUGCUUCAUUGUGAAUUUCUCCUGCAUUACUGUCUGAUCUUCUGUACAAUCACUCGCGUCUUUGAUGACUUUGUUAAAUUGAAUUAAUAUAUACAUGUCAACUUCAGUUUCUGUGAAAAGGACCCAGACAAGACCCCAUCAGGCCCACCCAUUGUCAUAAUAUCAUCUCUAUUAUAUUCAUCCUCCACAGAAAUAAAGCAAUGACUGGUUCCACUGACAACUGUUGUAGAUGACAAGGAGAGCCGACAAUGAUCUAGUCAUUACAAGAUAGUGCUAACAUUUCCCUGAUAAAGGCAAAUUAAUUGAAGCACUCCAAAAGCGAGUGUGCCUCUGUGGCUAUUACAUUCUGAGUGGUACAUCCUUAGAAAUCACAGACAGACAAUGACAUUGUCGAAAUGUAUUUUCCACAGAGUACCAGCAAAGACUGCGUGUGCAUAUGAAUGAGUUGAAUCACUCCAAAAUGGUAUGGUAACUCAUCAUAGUUUGAAAAAGGGGCUUAAUUUGGUUCAAAGUUAAAGAUUUUAGAAAGAAAUAAGACUUUUUAAAGGCCAGAAACACACUCUUUGUAAGUUCACAAAUGCAGGUGUGAGUGUUUGUCAGCCAUAUUUUUGUUAUUUUGGUGCUAACAACAUUCAAGAGAACAACAUAGUUAUCUUCUAAUGUGUAAACCAUUGUGUUAUAAAGGUCCCUCACAUUUACCAUUGUUUAGUGUAUUAUAAUAAAGAUCCAUGCAAUGUGGAGGUUGUGUGAUUGCAUAAUGGAAUAUGAAAAUGAACAAUAAAAGGUUAAAACAUUAUUAUAGUUUAACUACUGUAUGGUUUUGCCACACUAAACAUGGUAUUUAUGGUAAAAACAUGGUAAUACAAACAAUAAUCAGCUGUCAAGGACCAUGGUUACUACUUAACUACAAUAAAACCAAGUUAGUCAAAGGUUAAUUAGCUUAUUAGCAUAUUAGAAAAGUUACCUGUUAAAAAAAUAUCUAUGAUUGCUACAAAUAAAAAUAACCACAAAUUAACCAUGGUUUUUAUAGUAAAACUGUGGUUAUGCAAAUCACCAAAACAUGGCUAGAUAGCUAAUAGCAUGUAACAUACAAAUAAAGAACAAAACUUGGUUACUAUCACUGUAAUAAAACCAUGAUUAACUCUCAGAAAAGGUUAGCUAACUAUUAGCAUAUCAUAAGCUUUACCCUUUAAAAAACUAAUUAUGGUUUUACUACAAAUAAAACCACAAAAAACAUGGUUAUUGUAGAAAAACCAUGAUAACCACAGAUGGUUUUGCUACACUAUAGCCAAAGUUUAACCAUGGUAUUUAUAGUAAACCUGUGAUUACACAAAUGGUAAUCAGACUGACAGUGCUAAUAGAAUAGGUCCUACACAUAAAAAAAACAUGAUUACUAAGCCCUUUGCUGUAAUAAAACCAUGGUUAAUUUUCAUUGAAUGUUAGCAAGCUGCAGCAUGUACUGUAGCUUUAAGGUUACAAAAAUAACUAAUAAUUGGUAUUAGUAAUAAAAUGUGAUUAUACAAAUCUGUCAUAAAACAUUUACUACACUUUCACCAUAAUAAAAUGACAUUUAGCUUCAAAAUAUGUUCACCUUUUAUUUAAUCAGGAAUAAAAAAUAGUGAAACAAAUUAGCGUGGCCACUUUUAGUAAGUUAGCUGGCUAACAGCAGUUUUAAAUGUUAGCUUCAUGACAAAAGUUGGCACUAACCUGAAAACUAUCACUAAUAAGUACUGUGUUAAGAAUGCAAUUGGUUGCGUUUUAACAUAUUUUCGGAGUGCAAAAACAGAAAAAGGGAUGAUUAGCUUGUAUAGUUAGCAUCAUUUGUAUUCAUGUAGGCCAGGGGUGACCAAACUCGGUCCUGGAGCGAUAGUGUACUGCAUAGUUUAGCUCCAGCUUCAACACACCUGCCUGGAUGUUUCUAGUAUACCUAGAAAGAGCUUGAUUAGCUUGUUCAGGUGUGUUUGAUUGUGGUUGGAACUAACAAAUGCAGGACACCAGCUCUCCAGGACUGAGUUUGGACACCCCUAAUGUAGGCCUACUUGUUUAGUGUGUUUCUGGCCUUAGGGGUCCUUGUUAUUUGUAGAGUAGCAAGUUUUUAAAGAGAGAAUAGUUUCAGUGCUUGACACUGUUUUCUGAUUAUAUUUUCUCAAGCUUGCCAAAUGCUUCAGAGAUGCUACUGAAAAGAUUACACCUGAUAAAUAUGUGAUAUAAAAUGAGAUGAUUUAUCGUGGAGCCACAACGGCAGUGCAAUGCCCAAAUGGGGCUCAGAAUCACUGUGUAAAACUCAAAGAACAGCGCGGUUCACCUUGUACAGCUCAAAACUAUAAAUAUGACACUAUGUACUAUGACCUAGUCACAAAAACUGUAAGUGAGCUACUAUUUUUAUGAAAUGCAACUCAAUGGAUAUAUACUUACUUUUGCAGAGCUCUUGUUUACUGUAUGAUAUUUACUGAAAUACUGUCAAAUAAAACCUUGAC